CACGCUAUCAGCAUUCUCAAGGUCGUGGAACAUUAUCUGUAUUGUGGUGAUAUGCUUUAAGAUCAGACUAAGUUCAACUAGAUAUCUUGUAUAAAGUAUAUAAAUAGAAACUCGAAUAUUUUGUUCAUAGUUGUAGUAUCUGUUUUGCUAGUAAGGAUAUAUUCGAGUUGUAUUUUGUGCAAUUGCAUUUGUGAUACUAUUAUUUAUGGACGACUUUUGAGCUACUCCAAAGUGACCUUGGGUACCUCCACUUACUAACUAGGACCAAACGAGGGUUAUAAACCAGUAUGAGUAAUCAGGAUUAUGAUUUACAGUUGAUGGUUAGCUUUGGGAAUUAGAAUAAUAAUUAUCACCACGAACUGUGAUCAGCUAACAUUGCCAAAACGCUAUUUAGGCAGGUAAAAUCCCUGUUGAUGAUUUCUUGACUCAGAGUCCACUAAGGAUAUUUCAUAUAGUUCCUUUCAAAUGCACUCGUGAACAAAUGCUUGUAUGGAGAAAUGGUUUCUUAAUCAAAAGUAAUACUGUACAUGCCGGUAUAAUUCUCACUAAUAUUCUCAAUGUUCAAUAUAUUCAAUGCUUAUGAUUUACUUACAGUAAAUUAUCCACUUUUCCAGUUAAAGGGAAAUAUUGACCCUUAUUGUCAAUGUCCAUCAGUUUUUGUUUCUGUUCACAAUAAUCAUGAAAGCGAUUGGGAAAUGGAGUGGACUUUAUGCGAAUCAAUGUUCAAAGUAUUUGUCCCACUGUCCGUAGGAUGUAAUACCUUGCAAUUAAGGUGUGAACACUAUCUCGUUGAUUUUCGAAUAGUGUAUGUACAUAAUCGUGACUCUCCAUAUAUUGUCAGGCCUAUUUACGUAAUAUGCUCUGAUGAUACCGGGUGGUUCCAAGCUCCUGAGGGGAUGGUUCCCACGAAAGAAAGUGCAUGUAAACGUAUCGGACUAGGAAUUAGAUUGUUGCAGACUUUGACUGCAGAAGCUUUUCUGUCUGAACUUGGAAUAAGAUGCACUUUUAUAACUAAAGAAAAAUUCAAUCGUAAAUCAUCGCAAAAUAUUUCAGACUGGUCUUCUGAAGCGUGCUGUAUUUGUCACUACUCAAGUCUCAGUAAAACUUUUGUUAGUAGCAAUACUCCCGAAGAUGUGUGGCAGAAGUUGGCAUACGAGCUCUACGAAAAAUAUCCUUAUAACUUCGAGAACAUAAAAUGGAUUGCUUUUAUGGCAUGUACACGCUAUCAUCCCUCCGAAAAAAUUAAUUCCGAAUUUCUGAGUUACAAUGAAAUACUUCUUCGGACAACAGCUCAUUUUGCUCUCGGAACAGGGGGUUUAGCCUUGCUUGGAACGGGGACUUUACAUGCUUGGCCAGAAAACCUUGAAGAUUUGCAAGUAGUUUUGGGCAAUACAAGAUUUAUUGAUCCAACAUUGAUGGAUGACACUGCUUAUCGGCAUACCUACUGGGCGGCUUUUGCUACAGGAUUGGGUGCUGUUUGGCAUGAAUUAGGUCAUUGUUUUGGACUGGAACACUAUCCUCAGGGUAUAAUGUUUCGUGGUGAUGAUAUUAAUUUAUGCCUUGGAUUUCCACCUCCUGAUUCUAUUUGUCCACAUGAAUCCGAUAUGAAUGGUAAAAGUGCCCAAGCUACAUAUCGCUAUGAUAGUUCAAAUCCUCCAAAUAAAUAUAGAAGAGACCUUUGUCAAGUAUGCCACUCCUGAUCCAACCCCCGAAGUCAAUGUCCCGUGCUAUACAAUUUAAUCGCAUAGUGCAGUUUCAUCCAAUGAAGUCUUCUUUACAUUCUUCAGAUCAUACCACAAGUAAGGAAAUGAAAUUUAAGCGAUGGGGAUUUUGUCAGUCUUUAUGGCACCAAGGUUCUGCUUUUUGGGGAACAAAGGCGCUUUCAAAGCUACUUUCAUGUCCAUGGAUUAUCGAAACACCAGCUUUAGAUAAAGAAGAAAAACUACCUGUUCAAAAAUGACUUUAGCUAUACAGACUAUUUCUUCUAUCUUUUAAAUUCUCUUUGUCCAUCUAUGUAAAUCCCAUGUAAAUUACAACAGUGUUUGAAAUUUAAUAUAAAUUAUUAUGUUGAAUUAUGUAUAAGUAAAAAUUGUAUAUUGAUAUGCUUUACCUUUUUCAUUAAUCCACUGUACUUACACAAAAUGUUGACAUUUAAUCCUCACAGAGAAGGCACAAUUUUGCAAUUAAUGUUAAGCAACUUGGAAGUGUAGUGCAUCAG